AUGCCGGAUGGUGGAGAGGGGGCGGGGGCGGGGACGGGGAGCGGCGGGGGCGGGCCGCACCACAGGGGCAGCUGCACGUUGCGCCGCGCGCUCUUCUCCGCAGCCACCACCAGAAAGACCCGCGCGACAACGGACGCCUGGACACGCACCGUGGAGAAUAGGUUGGCACACCUGACAAAGAUAACCAUGUAUAGGGUUCAACACAGAUUACAUUGCAUUGUAAAAACGCAAUUUGAGAAAAUAUGGAAAGCAACAUUGUUGUCUGUAACAAGCAACGAAGUAAAAAGUUACGCAGAAAAAUCCGCUCUCUUCUGGACCUCCCUUCUUCUCGACCAAGGAGUUCUGUCUUCUGGACCAAGUAGGCGGCAGCAGAAGUUGAAAAAAGCGCAAAUCUUCAAACAAAGAUUGGCCGCAAGGCACUCAAGCAUUCAUGAGGAUGAAGAGUGCAAUAGAAAACACUUUGUUUGGUGAAAAUGGUGUUUACAUCAGUGUAUGACGAGGGAUCACAAUUGUUUGGAUCUAUUAAAGUGACAAAUGUGCAUGUUAAUGAAAUGUACAAGUCUGUGCAUUAUACUAUCAAGUUUGGAAACCUUUAAAGUAUUCUUUGCCAUUUUCAAGGAAAAAUGAAAAAAUAUUAUCUCUGACUACUUGUUAUUUUGAAAUGCUUGAGAACUAUUGAGAAUAAUUACUCAUAUUUGUGGCGGAGAAUAAAAACAUAAAGUAUGAAAAAUGCUUUGUUUUAAGAAUAGAUAUGUUUAAUGUAAAAAAAUAUUUUCCCUCAAAAUUAAUUCAUGUCUGAAGAUGGAUUAAUAGAAUAAGAUCAUGUACAGUUUUUAGAAAACAUUAACCGGUUUUGUUGAAUUUUGCGCCAAAUAUAUUUUUUUCAAAAGGAUUCCAUUUUUUCGAACAUAGCAAUGGUAGAAUAGUAUGGGCGUAAGAAUUGUUUCAUUUUCUUUGAACUUGAUGAAAAUUGCAAAAAGUAUCUUUGAAAGACUUCAAUAUUGAUGGUAGUGAUUUUUUAAUUAGUGAAAUCUGUUCUAAAAAGUAACCUUUAUAUAAGGCCAUGUAGAAUUAAAAAAACAAGUGUUUGCGUAUUUUGUCUUGAGGGAAAUAAAAUUAUAAGUUCU